AUGCCUGAAUGUCCAGUCGACGGGUGCGCUAUCCCUGUAGACGUCGUUCUAUCCUCAAGGGACGAUGUCAUGAUUGGAGCUCAUAAAAGGAACCUUGAGCUCUACACCGAUGGGUUCCCGAUCAGCGAUUCGGUCACUGACUCCUUGGACCCAGUCAAGCUGACAGAGAGCGAGGAGACUAUCCGACUCAUGAUGCAGUUCUGCCACAACCAGCGACGUCCCAGUGUGGUAGACCUGUCUAUACGAACUGUCGUGGAUCUGGCAGAGGCAGCCGAAAAGUACUUGAUCGAUGCUGCAGUUGACGCGUGUAGUACGGCUCUGUUAGCCAAGGAGAUGCCGCUCCGUAUUCUUCGGUAUGCGGUGGUGUUUAAUCACCCCAAGAUUGCGGACGAGGCUGCCCCUUUCACCAUCGCUUACACCAUGGCGGAGGUGGAUAAAGUAUGCAGGUCCAAUGAGAUAGCGCUACUCUGGGUAUAUUGCCUUACCUUUUCGUAA